GCGCUCUGGGUAUUUACUUUCGUUGGCCGGUUCGAAAGAGUCCACACAGCGCGCGGCGUGAAAACCCUUAUCCUGCAGAGCGGAACUUCGUCGAUUCUCCUUGGAGUUUUCUCAAAUCGAUCAGAAAAGUGAAUCGGAAUAUGUCCGACAAGAAGGAUGAACUCCUCGAAAAGCUCACCGAAGAGGAGCGCCAGGAACUCCGCAAGCGGCUUGAGGACGAGACGGAGGAAUAUUUCAAAAACUGCAAGCGCUCUGAGUAUAAAGAAGGCUGGAAUGAAGCCACCUGGGAGAAAGAAAUGAGCGAGCACCCUCUGUUCGCCACCUCGAGUUCGGAUACAGGCGAACUCCCACCUUUGCUCGAAGCUAUCCGCCAGAUCAAAUAUGAUGAAGAAGAGAAUUCGCCGGAAGAGCUCGCGCGGAGUUACAAAGAGGAUGGCAAUCAUCUCUUCAAAAAACAAGACUACAGAGCAGCCAUCGCCAGCUACAGUGAAGGGAUUCGUCAAAAAACUCUCAAUAAGGAGUUGAACGCCCAGCUUUACCUCAACCGGGCGGCCACCAAUUUCCAUCUGAACAACUUCGGUGCAGCUCUCGAAGACAGCAUACAGGCUCUCGAAUUUCAACCUGAUUACGUGAAGGCCAUGUCCAGAGCUGUCAAAUGCUGUUGGAGUCUCCGCAAGUUGGAUGAAUGCGAGGAAUUCUGUAGGCAGAUACUGGCCAGAGGACCCGACGAGGCGACAGCGAAAGAGACGAAUGAGUACAUUGAAAAGUGUUCAAUCGAGCGUAAAAUCAGGGAACGUAACAGGCGGAAACGAGAGAAGGAGGAACAGGAGCGCAUAUUGAAACAAGCCGACCUCGCCAGAUUGAUCAAGCGCGGCGGAGUUCAGCUGAGCCCGCCCGCCGAGGACAGUGACGUUUUACCGGAUUUGACGCCUCGCUAUCCGGCAUUGAGGGACUUCCCCGUCUCUGUGGUCGAGGAUUGCCUGAUCUGGCCAGUUGCUCUCAUAUACCCCGAAGUCAAGGAGACUGACUUCGUCCAAAGAUGGAAUGAGGAUUCGACAUUCAAGCAAAUGCUCGAUGCUAUGUACGGGGACGUGCCUGUGAAGAGAAAAGUUACCGAUGAGGGAACAGCAAUAAUCUAUGAUCCCGCCGACUUGCAGGUGUGGUACAAGUCCUCAAAAACUGGUCGACCCGUCGGAGUUCGUCCAAAGCACACGCUACGCCAAAUAAUUGCUCAGAAAGAUUUCCUUGUGGAGGACGGCGUGCCGUCGUUCUGGGUCCUUCGGAGGAACUCCAAGUUCGAGAAAAAGUUCCUCGAAGAGCAGGGCACCUAAUCUUAGCCCAGGAGAAUUCGACAAUUGUGAUAUGAGGAUGACGGGCAUCCCUGUCGAUAUUUAUGACGACGCUCAUCAUCCGUGGAGCGUCUCCGCCGUGAAGCAGUCAAUAUUUCUGUUAUGAGUAUAAAUUGAGGAAA